UUAUAAUUGAAAAGUGCAUUUAAAAACUCUCUCUAUAUAUUCGAACCAAAACAAAUUGAAAGUUUGGAAAUUUUCAUUUUGGCGCCCAGACACUUCAUUUGCCAUGGAUGAUGAUUCACUUCAACACCAUUUAGGAUCUGCGCCUCAUCAACCUGUGGAAGGAAUGGAUUCGGUAGUGGCGACUGUGAGCGGUUAUCAAGGUUCCGAGAGAUUCAAUCUAAUCAAACUGAUUGAUCGCACCGGAGCUAGUUAUGUGGGAAAUAUGAGCCAGUCUGUUACACAUUUGUUUGAUGCUUGCAAAAGUAGGUUUUGUGGGGUAGGAAGAGGAGUAAAUGAUGAAACAAAGAAGGAAGCUCGGAGGGUGAAAAGCUGUGCAGAAAGCUCUCAAAAGUGGCCACCCGACCGGGUGUAUUUUAUGCCUAAUAAAAUACCCGGCCGGGUAUGAUGUUAGAACACGAAAAUUCCAGCAAUUCCUCAAAAUUGGUCACCCGGCCGGGUGAAUUUUAUGCCCAAUAAUCUACCCGGCCGGGUGGAUCAAUUAUAAGUGCAAUAUUGCAGUUAAAGGUGACGUGAUUGGUUGGAAAAAAAGAAAAAGAGGCUGCAGAAGGUGGCAGGAAAGGGAGGACAAAAAAGGAGAAGAGAGAGGGAGUUGAGGUGACGUUUUUUAAUAGGGAGAGGGAGUGGACGGCUGCAAAGAAAAAGGAGAGAAAGAGAGGAAGAAGAGAGGAGGAAGGUCCAAAUCUCAAUUCCACUCAUCAAGAGCUUGAAUCCUACGGUUUUAAGUACAAAUUCACCAUAUGUUUAGGCUAAGUUUCCUUUGUUGCUCCAAGUUGUAAUCUAGGCUUGUAUGGAUGUUUUCACACCAUUGAUAUCAUAUGUUUGUGUCCAAUAAUGCUCAAUAUUUAUUCACUAUGUUUUUGGCUAAUAACGUAGUGAUGUUAAUUCCUCUGCUAUUGUCUCUUUCACAUAGUUUAGGAAUGAUUGAUUGUUGGAUUGCUAUCGAAUUAGAAUUGUUCAGAAGAUAAUUUGACAGUGGAUUAAGUAGGUGACUAUAGUAGAUGAUCUUUUAUUCCCGCGCUUCCGCAUGAAUUUAAUAUUAUUGAAAAUUAAUUCAUGGAACAAGUGUUCAGCUGACUGUGAAUUAUACGUCGCAAACAUGUUCAGUGCACGCGAUUAGGUUGAUGUUUUAAUCC